AUGGCGAGCGAAAUAGAAAGUCGUCUGGAGGAGUGGGCUGGUGAGUUGCAGCAGCAGCAGCGCCUGCAGCUGUUGCAGCAGCACGAAAUACGUUCCCUGGUGAAGCAGCGUCGCGCCCAUGAGUACAGCAUUUCGGCUCGGCGACCGCUGCCACCCUCUCCCUUCCUCCGCUACGUAGCAUUCGAACUUGCCCUGUACUGUCUGGUGAGGGCGAGGAGCUCCCAGAAGUUGCAGCUGCUGCGGCAGCAGCUGAAGCAGCAGCAGCAACAACAGCAAGGCCAGAAGAGAGGCCCCCAAGAAGGCAGCACCCGAGGCAGCGGCUACAAGAUUCGUCGGCGCUUCGAGAAAAUGCGUCGAACCACGUCUUCGUUUCUAAGGGCGGUUACCUCACGUGUCAUGUCGGUGUUCUCCCGUUUGCUUCAGCGGCAUCCGGGAAGCCCCUCGUUGUGGUUUACGUAUGUGGACGUGCUGCUGCAGUUGGGUGCAACUCGCGCUGUCUUGCAGCAGCUGAUGCGCGCUUUGGCAGUGCAUCCCCAGUGUAGCGGCCUCUGGAUAAUGGCGGCAGAUCGGCUGCUGCAGCAGGGGCAGCUGCAGGCAGCUCGGCGACUGCUCCUCUUGGCGUUGCGGUUCUGCCCUAGAGAGGCUUCCGUGUGGACGCAGUUGCUGCGUCUGGAAGCGUCUGCGGUGUAUAGACUGUGCGCAGCGAGGCUUUCGAAGAAAGCGGUCCACGCUGCAGCCGCAGAGCAGCCUGCACAGGCCUGCACGGGCGCCCUUUGCAGGGACGAAGGCGCGAUUGCGGAAGAAGGUGAAGAAGACAUGCUGCAGCUGCCGACGCUCAGCGGCUCUUCAAAGAACAAGAACAACAGUAACAGCGUCAGCAGCAGCGUAAAUAAGGCAGCCAACAUGGCACUAGAAGAGAGAGAGCUGCCCGUUUCUUUGCAGGCGUGCAAGCUGAUCGUCUCUGCGGCUACUGAGCGUCUGGCUGGGAACCCCUCUACGGCUGCAAAGAGCAUCAGCACAAGUGGGGGGGGGGAAGGGUGCAACGGCGGCAGCAGCAGCAAGGAUGUUGACACCAGUGAGAGGGAUGCCUUCUUGCUGGAGGCCCUCGAAUUGUCUCUGCAACUCGAAGCCAGCUCAGCGCAGCAGCUGUUGCAGCAGGAAACAGCCGAGCUGCAGGAGCACCUAGCCAUGUGCGUCACCGAGGCUGCACGGCAGCAGCCACUGUUUGAGUCUUUACGAUGGAAGCUGAUGCUGCUAGAAGCCGCGCAACAAGAGGUGCAAGAGCAGCAGCAAAGACAGCAGCAGACGCUUGCAUGUCUAGAGGGCAUCCUCGCGACAGCAGCGGCCGCACCGCAUGCCGCUGUGCUGUUAGGACCCUUUCUCUCUGCCUUGAAAGCAGCGGCUUGCAGCGGCAGAAGCAGCAAUGAUGACAGCAGCAGUGUCUGCGGAGGCACUGGCAGCUGGUUUGAUUCUCUAGAAGUUGUGCUGGACGUGGAGGGCGAGGACGCCGUCAUUGAGCUCCACGACGGUGAAACUUUGAUGCGUCAACAAGAGAAACGGCAGCAGCAGCAGCAAAAGGAGCAGCAAAGGGAGCAGCAGCAAAAGGAGCAGCGCAUGGAGGAAGGAGAGAGUGAUAGUGCCAGGGCAGCUGUGCUGCUGCUGAGUCGGAGCGGUUUUCCGCAGGCUCAGAGACUGCUGCUUUUACAGCCAGCUGUGUUGCAGAUUUGCUGCCUGCAGCCGUGUUUGAGCCGCAGCGCUGACUAUAACAACAGCGUCCAUGACAGCACUGACGAGAACAGCCGGAUGCAGUUGCUUGCCGAUGCAAGCAGUCUGCGGCAGCAGGCAGCCUGCAUCUGGAGGGCUCUGUGGGGGACUGCGCUGUUGCAGCCGCAGCAGCGGCAGCAGCAGCGGCGUCUGCUGCAGCUUCUGCAGCAGACGCUACGCGCUGUUGCAGACCAGCUUUCCCAACUGCAGCACGCAAAAAAAGGCGGCAAAAGCGUCAGCAGAGCCAUUAGCAGCAGCCCUUUGGCAGAUUUGGCGGACUCGAAGGAGGAGCUCUCAGCAACAUGUGCUGCUGCCGCAGGCAACGAGAGGCUGCUGCAAUGCGCUGCUGACUCUCUCUCUGAGUUGCUAACGCAGCUUGUUGCGGCUGCUGCUGCAGAGGCUGCUCCUCAGUCGCAGGCCUUACAGCAGGAAGCCGCAAAUACGCUACGGCACGUGGUGUCGGUGUAUCCUGGAGUGCGACCAGCUCUCGCUCUGCACGAACUUUUGAAGACCAUUUGCAAAAAAGGAGCUGGCAGCAAGAGCAAGUGCAACAAUGCAAGCCUGUUGGGCGUGCUGAGGGGGCUGCAGGCCUGCAGCGUAUCUGCCUUCGAAGGCAAGCGCCUCGUAAAUGCUAUUCUCGACGAGUGGAUCUUCGACAGCUCUACAGCAGCGGCAACUGCAGCGGCAACUGCAGCGGCAACUGCAGGUUGGUUUCCCCAGCUAAUAGCGGUGCUGGAGGCGAAUGCCAUUUCUUUGGUCGUCAGAGAUUUGCUGGAGAGGAUAUCGAGCAAAGGUAUGCCUCAGCAGCAGCAGGGGAGGGCUGGCAGUCCUCAUCCGCCAGCGAAGCGCUUGCGGAUUGAGUUCAGCAGGCCUGCCGAGAGCAGUGAUGGAGCCACCAGCGCUAGCAGCAGUAAUAAGGAGGAUGACGCAUUGGACGCGGUAGGUGUUGCCGUUGCAUUUGCGUUCUUUCGGCAUCGCCGCGGCAGCCUUCAAGCGUCUGUCGCUGCCCGUCUGCUGUUAAGUUUUGCCCUCGCUGACUUUGCACUAGAGCGGCUGCACCGGCUGCUGCUGCAGCAACGGAAGCAGCAACAGCAGUCGCCACAUACCUCGCAUGCAUUGCUACAGCAAGCCCUCGAGGUGUACGACUACGUGCUGGAGGCGCUCGAGGAUAGCGGUCUUCGUUUGGAUGCUGCUGGCCGCAUACCAGGGCAGCGCGCUGCUGCGCAGUCGCUGCUGCUGAAACAGGUGCUCGAGCAGCUUCCUCAAGUUCUUCUGCUGCAGCAGCAAUGGCUUGAAGAAGCGAUCCGUUUCCUGAGAUACCGACAAGCCCUUUUGCAGCUGCUGCCCUCGGACAGCAGUGGCAGCAGCAGCAAAGUGGCUUGUGGGCGUACUUGUGUCUAUCUUUCGGAUGCCGCUGCGCUGUUUCAGCAAGCCAGUCGCGUGGUGGAGGACGUUGCAGGUUUCAUGCAACGCCUCUCGGUAGACUGCAUCGCUGCUGCAGUUGCGGACAGCGACGAGAGCUUGAUCUGCAGGAACUGCCCUGUCGGCACGCGCUGGUGCAGAUAUGCGUGA